AUGAAUCGUAUAAAAUGUGGCACUUCGCCUUUACCCCAAGCUCUUGCGGCUCUGAUCCGCGUUGCAAACGAGCGCGAGGCCUUGACAGUGCAACCUGACGGAGCGAGGAAUGAGGGGAGGGACGUGGAGGCAAAUUAUGGGAAAAACGCCUCCAGCCAGCCUUGCGUGGGUGUGUGGUGGGGAGCGCUCGUGGGCGAUGUUGAGCGCGGAUCGGAUACACGGCUGAGGCGCAUUGUACACGCCAAUGCCACUCCGCUGAUGCAAGCAUGGAAGAGGGAGGGUGGGGGAGUAUGCGUGCAUCAGGAUGUCAAUCCUACCUUCCCCAUCUCCUUUCCUGUCACCCCAUCUCCCCAUCCCGCCUUCCCACCUCUUUCUCCUGUCGCCCCAUCUCCCCUUUCCGCCUUCCCACCUCCUCUCCUGUCGCCCCAUCUCCCCUUUCCGCCUUCCCACCUCCUCUCCUGUCGCCCCAUCUCCCCUUUCCGCCUUCCCACCUCCUCUCCUGUCGCCCCAUCUCCCCUUUCCGCCUUCCCACCUCCUCUCCUGUCGCCCCAUCUCCCCUUUCCGCCUUCCCACCUCCUCUCAUGUCGCCCCAUCUCCCCUUUCCGCCUUCCCACCUCCUCUCAUGUCGCCCCAUCUCCCCUUUCCGCCUUCCCACCUCCUCUCCUGUCGCCCCAUCUCCCCUUUCCGCCUUCCCACCUCCUCUCCUGUCGCCCCAUCUCCCCUUUCCGCCUUCCCACCUCCUCUGCUGUCGCCCCAUCUCCCCUUUCCGCCUUCCCACCUCCUCUCAUGUCGCCCCAUCUCCCCUUUCCGCCUUCCCACCUCCUCUCCUGUCGCCCCAUCUCCCCUUUCCGCCUUCCCACCUCCUCUCCUGUCGCCCCAUCUCCCCUUUCCGCCUUCCCAACUCCUCUCCUGUCGCCCCAUCUCCCCUUGCCAUCCUCUUCCCAUCCUGCCUCCACAUCUCCCUUGCCUCCCCAUCUCCCCAUCCUGCCUCCCCAUCUCCCCAUCCUGCCUCCCCAUCUCCCCAUCCUGCCUCCCCAUCUCCCCAUCCCGCCUCCCCGUCUCCCCAUCCUGCCUCCCCAUCUCCCCAUCCUGCCUCCCCCUCUCCCCAUCCUGCCUCCUCGUCUCCCCAUCCUGCCUCCCCGUCUCCCCAUCCUGCCUCCCCAUCUCCCCAUCCUGCCUCCUCGUCUCCCCAUCCCGCCUCCCCAUCUCCCCAUCGUUGUCCGCCUCACGAACUGA